AAGGAUAGCCACCGACACGCAGUAGCAAAAGAAUUGUUCUCAAAGAAACUUUACUAUUUUCUGCUCUAUCGUAUAGUUUCGUAUGGUUCAUGUAUGGCAGUGUUGAUACGUACAUACAGAAAUUAAUGAAAUGGUCUCGAAGCCACUCUACGGGGACAAAAAGCUCGUACAACAGGUCACAUUUACCUGUUGUCGCUAUAUGACGGUGCAAGAGUAUAAAGCAAGAUCGAUUGCAAAUAUAUACGCAUUUCUCUGUGGUACAUUGAAGAAUAUUUUCAAGAUUGCCAGGACUUUGACCACCGACGAUGAGCGAGCAAGUUAUAGACGAAUAUUAUACUAAUCUAGAAUAUGAUAGGGACAGCAAAGAGAAAGCAUUGACAGACAUAGCUACCUUGUCUAGGGGAGUGCAAUUUAAGAAUUCUGAUGAUUUUUCAACGAGAUUUCACAAUGCAGCAUCUGUAAUCAAAGAAAAUUUGUCUCUUUUCAAAUCCGCCUGCGAACAUGUGGACACAGUCACCAUCAUUCUCGAGUACUUGACAAACUUUGGUGCAAAACUUACGUUUAGUAAUAGGCUUGACGAAUACAACAGAGAAGACGGAAUUGUGUCGGUAAUGUUUACAAUCUUCAGUAUAUGUAGGGAACAGAAAGUGCAAUUAUUUCUGGAAAAUGCUAUCAUCAAAAGUUCAACGCUGUAUAAAAGUCGAUGUUAUCGUUUAAAAAAAGAGCUUUCAAAUGAAACCAACGAAAUGAUACUUUUAAGCGAUUCAGAUUUAUACGCAGUUGUCAGCUAUUUAAAUAUAGUAGGGCAUUCUCGUAUAAACAAAAUUUGGGUCCAAAUGCCAAUUAAACAGAAAUUUUUGUCGCUCGUCAAGAAGUAUUUUCGUCCCAGAGACUUGAGAAUUUCGACAUGGAUAUCGAUAGGCGAGUUUAUACCGCGCGAAUCAUGCGAUAUGAGUAUAACAUCUAUAUGGUCGGAAAGUAUUGUGGACGCAAAACAAAUAGCGUCACUUCUAGAUAGAGACGUUGUGUUCAUAAACAUGCAUAUGGAUCUCUACGGUGGUAUCGUGCUUUUACCUUGGAUAAAAAUACUUGACAAAUUACACGAAAGAUUACCUACGGACCUAAGUUCCGACGGCGUGAUACUAGGUACAAACCGUACAAAUGAGAUACAUUUCUUAAACCUUCGUUCAAGCAUGACGUCUGUGCCACUUUAUAAUCUCUUUUAUGAUGGCAAAUGGCACAAAUCCACGAAAGGAAUGUAUUGGAAGCACAAUGACGACAGUUAUAGAGCGUAUGCAACAAGCGAAGAUCUUCUGCCGUGUGUUAAUUCAGCUGUAGAAGGCUUCAAGACUUGGAAAACUUUGCAUAUUGAUACUAGACAACGUCUACUACAAGAAUUAGUAACAGCACUAAAAUAUAAUAGUAAAUUCCUGAAAGACGCAGACAAAUUGAUAAGAUACUCACAGUUCAAUGAAACAUUGUUACUUUGCUCUCAAACUGAUAGAUUAGAAGUAAUUCAAAAUCGUCUUCCAAGAGGCAUUAUUGUUCUUAAGGAGAAAACUGAAGAUAUGUUGUUUCUUCGGUUGAUACAAAUUUUAAUCUGUGGCAAUUCUGUUAUUGUGCUAACCGACAUGAAUUCAUCCAAUUUGGCACAGUAUUGCGAUAUCUUUUCACUAUGUAAGAUACCUCGGGGUGUCGUGAAUGUACUGUCACAUGCAAACACAAGCGAUUUAGAAUUAAGCUUAUGCGCGACAGACUACGUCAACUACGAGGAACAAUUUUUCACGUCUAGUUGGGACGAAACGUAUACAAAUCUUACUCUACCCAAGCAUACCGUAUUCUCGUUCAAAUAAUGAUUUUAAUUACCGAGCAUGGCCGCGUCUGAAUUUAUAACAGAGUUUAAUUUACUUACGAAAGUAGUAUGUAAGAAGCACCUUGAUGUACACUUUUUAAUAUUGCAUAAUUUUGGGAGAACAGUUCUUUCCUGUUCAACUUUCGCCAUAUAACGUACACUGUAAAUUGAACAUACUUGACUUGACAAAUUAUUCGUAUUUCUAAUUAUAAUUUUCCACGUAUAAUUAUAUCAGUAGUUUAGUAAAUAAAAAAAGGGCAUCUUCAAUAUACAGUUUUCUUUAAAAUCCUUUUCCUUUUUCACGAGCGCGUCGUCGACAAUAACACUUUAUUAUACAUCCCUUUCGACCAUUUGCCGUCGAAUCGAAAAAGGUGCAAGAAACUUGACAACACGCGGUGUGUUAGUAAAAUAAGACUAUCGUCGGAUAAUGCAGCAUUUCAAAAUAAUGUUUAUUUAUUUAUCAAGGAUAAUAUACUUAUUAUGGAUUAACAAACAUUGUAAACAUUAUGUUUUACAUACUUAUAUAUUAUUACAUAUUAGGUCACAUUUAGAAAUUUGUUCGGAGAACAAAAACUAUUACAUUUCAUAUUCUACGGUGAAAUAUAAA